ACGGUGAGCCGCAGGUUGCCCCGUCGUGUUUUCACCUGCCAGUCGAAUGCUGAACAUUAAACGAAGAAGUGGGUCCCUUACAGCUGGCUAAGCGGACCGCUCCGGCAACAACUCCUCGCUCCUGCCGAUAUCACGAGAAUUUCGUACCACCUCUCGCUGGUUUUUUUUCGUUUCGUUUUUCCGAUCUUUCUUUCGUCGGGGUCUCUCGGUUUAUCCGACGUUCGUCGCGUUCGUCGCGUACACUGCGGACGACCGGGAAAGUUGAUAUAUCCAGAGAUUUCGAGACCUGUGAUGUUGUGCGCGAUCGACGAUAAUAGCAGUUAUGAAGAAGAUCUAUUUCAUUAAUUUUAAGUACAAAGGACAUUAGGACGUCGAUCGAACGAUUUUACGCAUCCUUCGCGAGUGCGGCAAUUUUUGUGAGAACUGCAGUGACGAUUUUACGAACGCUACGAGCUAGUUUUUUGUAAAUCAUUUUUUUUUGAAGGGGACAUCCGUUUUCACCGAAUAUCGUUCGAGUCGCACCCCUGUUUGACGCGUUGUUACAACUGUGCGAAUAUUCCGAUGCAGACGAGUCGCACGGGGGUGGAGAAGAGAAUAAAAAUUACUCGCGACAAAAGCGACGGAUUUACGAGAGACGAUGAAAUUAAAAAGAUCCGAGGCACCCGCGGAUAAGAACCCUUCGAAACGUUUCAUUGCUGUUGAAAAAUUGUCAUUCGUUGACGCGAUUAUAGCGAUUCUUUGAUGUCAUCGUCAAUUUUAAACGUCACCUUCUGCAUCCACCUCGCUUCCUACCGUUUCACUCAUAUUUAAAAGCCACUUCGUUCCUGUUCGUCCUUCUCCAAUUCUUUUUCUCUCUCUCGUACUCCGUUCCCUCCCACUUCGCGCUCCCUCGUCGUUUGAAACGAACGAUAAAAUUAAAAAUCAAAUUAAAAGGAAAAAAAAUAAAAAAUAAAAAACACAAAAAUUACAUACGUUCAACGCACGUAAGAAAUAAUAACGUAUCUUUGAAAAUAUUAUACGCCGUAGGUACAUUUCGCGGGUCUAAUUAUCCAGUGUCAUUCUUAUCGAAUACAAUACACUCGCUGUACGUUAUGACGUGCAGAUUUUUCAUUUCGUGAGUCGUCGAAAUAUUAAAAAAAAAAAAAAGAAACUAAAGUCAAAGAUUGUACAUUGGUGAUCAAGAACAUUAAAAAAUACCAAUAACAUUAAUAACUUCGUCGUCAUGGACACCGUGAUAGAAAAGAUGGGGAAAUUGAAUCUGAGAAUUCCGACUUGCCCGAUAAAAAAACCACCCGCACCUUUAAAGGAGUUCGUGGGUCGUUGCCAGACAAUGCCGUCGAGGGUGAAGAAGUCAUUCUGCGGUUGUCUGCAGGAUGACGAGCCACCUGAGAUCACCUACUGCGUCGUCGAGCACACGGGAACGCUAACGUUGCAAGCGAUGACGCCGACGUUGCCGAUGCCGGCGGAAGAGGAGCUCAACAAAAUGUUCCUCGAAUUGGUCGAAGAGCUCGAUUUGACCCAGACGAACAGACAGGCGGUUCUCGCGUUGCCGGCGAACAAAAAAUGGCAGAUAUAUUGCUCCCGAAAGGGAAAUGGGACAUUGGAAAACGGCGGAUUGAGAACUACCGACCUGAGCGGCGACCCCGAGGACUACAUAAACAGGAUCAAGACUAUCGCUAGUACCCCGUUUCCCGAAGAGGGAGAAGAAGUUUCCAAUCAGGAGCGACAAGUCGAGGCCUUGAAAACCGCCCUUCGAACGCAACCGCACAGUUUUGUUUUGAGAUUCAUAGAACUCAAUGGAUUGAACGCGCUUCUUCAAGUACUUGGAACCAUGGAUACGGACGCGGCGAACAGUAAUCUGCACACCAGCGUUAUCGGAUGUUUGAAAGCCAUGAUGAACAAUUCGAACGGAAGAGCUCACGUCCUGGCGCAUCCAACGGCCAUAAAUACGAUAUCGCAAUCCCUGGCAACGGAAAAUAUAAAAACGAAAAUAUCGGUGCUGGAAAUUCUCGGUGCGGUGUGUCUGGUGCCAGGUGGUCAUCGGAAGGUCCUGGAAGCGAUGCUGCAUUUUCAGCAAUAUCAUUCGGAACGGACGAGAUUUCAGAGCAUAAUAAAUGAUCUGGACAAGAACUUCGGAAUAUACAAGGACAACUUGUCAUUGAAAACCGCGAUAAUGUCGUUCAUAAACGCGGUGUUGAAUUACGGACCCGGUCAGGUGACACUGGAGUUCAGACUGCAUCUGAGGUACGAGCUGCUGAUGCUCGGAAUUCAACCGAUAAUCGAAAAGCUUAGAAAAUAUGAAAACGAGACGCUCGACAGGCAUUUGGAUUUUUUUGAAAUGGUCAGAAAUGAGGACGAAAAAGAAUUGGCGAGAAAGUUUGAAAAGGAGCACGUAGACACCAAAAGUGCUACCGCCAUGUUCGAAUUGCUCAGAAGAAAGCUCAGCCACACCGCCGCGUAUCCCCACCUGCUCAGCCUCCUCGAACACUGUCUUUUACUUCCUCUCGAUUACGGAUCGCAUCCUCAACACUGGUUGCUCUUCGACCGGAUCGUUCAACAGAUAGUCCUGCAGUCCGAAGGUACGGAAACUAGCCCGGCUAGAAACCCGGACGUUGCGCCGAUCGAAAUCAAUGUCAAAGAGAUCGUUCAUCUCCUGGCGAAGGAAGAGGAGCUCGUCGCAGCCAAGAAAAAAGCGGAGGAACUGGAGAAAGAGAACUCGGACAUGUCGUCGAGGCUGGCCAAAAAGGAACAAGAGCUGGACUUGAGAACGCAGGAAAAAGAAGACAUGGAGGCCAGUUUGUCGAGGAUAAAAGAACGCUUGGAAAAAGAAACUUCGUUGCACAUAGAGACCAAGCAGCGAAUUUCCGAGCUCCAGGACAACGUCGAGACACUUUCUCGUCAAGUGAACAACGAAAAAUCCGAAAGGAAACGUUUGGAGCAGCUCGUGGCUUCCGGAAGUCUACCGGACGACGCCAAGGCUACCAUAAAAAUGGUGGACGACGAAAUCGCGGAGGUCGAGGCCAAGCCAACCCCACCACCACCCCCACCUCCACCCCUUGCUCCUCCGCCACCACCUUGCCUGAUGCCGGCCGCACCACCUCCGAUGAAAGUCGAGAUAAUAAAGAACGUACCCCAGCCAGGAAACCCCUUGAAAUCGUUCAACUGGUCGAAAAUACCCGAACAAAAGUUGCAGGGGACGAUAUGGUCGGAACUUGACGACACGAAAUUGUACAACGUCAUGGACCUCGAGUCUAUAGAUAAAAUAUUUUGCGCUUAUCAGAAAAACGGAGUGUCGACCGAAGGCUCGAUAGAGGAUCUCCGCAACCUGGGAAAGAACAAGAAGACCAUGUCGGUAAUUGAUUCGAGAAGAGCUCAAAAUUGUACGAUACUAUUGUCGAAACUGAAAAUGUCGGACAACGACAUCACCAGGGCCAUUUUAUCGAUGGAUCAACAAAAUAUACUCCACAUAGACAUGGUCGAACAAUUGCUGAAGUACAUACCCUCGUCCGAAGAAUCCGCGCUUCUCGAUCUCCAUCAAAAGGACCUCCAAAGUCGAGCUGACUGUUUUUUGUAUCAAAUAUCAAAAGUUCCUCAUUACGAGCAGAGGCUGAGAUCGUUGCACUACAAAAAAAAGUUUGCCGCCAGCAUCGCCGAGUUGACACCGAGAAUGAGAUCCGUUUUGGAAGCUAGUCGUCAGGUCGCCCGAUCCCGAAGGUUGCGAAAACUCCUAGAACUCGUCCUGGCGCUCGGUAAUUACGUGAACAGAGGAAACGCCAGAGGAAAUGCAGCAGGUUUCAGACUUGCCUCUUUGAAUCGAUUGGUCGACACAAAAUCCUCUUGCGCCAAGGGCACCACGCUUUUACACUAUUUGGUACAAAUGCUCGAGUCAAGAUUUCGAGAGGUGCUCGACAUCGAAGAGGACAUGCCCCAUGUCAGAACAGCCGCCAGAGUCAGCAUGGCGGAUCUGCAGAAAGAAGUUGCCAAUUUGAAGAACGGCCUGUCCGACGUACAACGCGAGAUCGAAUUCCACAGAGGUCAGUCUCAGGUGCUUCAGGGCGACAUGUUUUUACCAGCCAUGCGAGAAUUUCAAGCUCAAGCGACGUGCCGACUCGCGGAAGCGGAAGACCUGUUCCAAGACAUGAAGACCAGGUUCGACAGAGCGGUCAGAUUGUUCGGUGAAGAUUCCGCGGGCGUUCAACCUGACGAAUUUUUUGGGAUAUUCGAAAAUUUUCUGCAAGCUUUGGCCGAGGCGAGACAGGACGUUGAAAAUAUGAGGAGGAAAGUUGAAGAAGAAGAACGUAGAGUGAAGCAAGAACAGGAGUUACGCAAACGAACGAUGGAACGUAAGAAUUCCCGCGAAGGUAUUCUGAACAGUAUAUCUCUGGGCAACAAGACCCAGAAUAACGCAAACGGACCGAGCGACAACAAGGGUGAAUUCGACGACCUGAUUUCCGCUCUUCGCACCGGCGACGUCUUCGGUGAAGACAUUGCGAAAUUCAAAAGGUCGAAACGCCGACCUGUCACACCGAGUGGUCAAGAAACGAGAAGACACAGUGCUCACAGAGAAGAUUCCAGAGAAAGGCAUUAGCUGUAGUUUGUAAGGUCGUUGACUUCGGUAUAUUUCUUUCGAGGUCUUGUCACGCUUUAUAAAUACUCAACCUCGUUGUUCUUUAUUUCGUUUCUUUUUAAAUUUUCUCUCUUCCUUCGAGAGAGAAAGAAUCAAGUUUGCGUGACGUGCUCCUCGUACAUCGAGUUGGGUUUCAUCGAAGACUGGAAAAAACAUAUUUCAGAGUGCCAAGAUAACUUCAAUCGGUCAUUUCUUUCCAUUAGUGAAAUAUAUCGCUCCAAAUCGAUCACCGUAUAUUUAUAAAUUAUAUAUUUCGGAUCGAAUAUAAUCGAUUGAAUUAUAGUCAGAAAGACAGUAAGCGUGAUAUUUUAAGUUUUAAGCAUAAUAUAUAGUCAUUACGUUCAUCCGUUCAUUAUUAUUCAUUUUUUCUUCAUCCGUUUACACAUGUAGGGAUAAUACACAUAAUGAAUAUAGUACGUCCUUUUGUUCGAAGGUUAACGAAGGUUGAAUGAUGAAUAUCGAGGAGAAUAUUCAAGACCGUAAAAUAAAUACGUAGUUAAACAUAAAAUUUGAUUAAAAAUUAAUGUACGUACUAAUCGGACCAAUUUCACUCGGGCCAGAUCUUCAUUCAAUGGAACUGCUCCUAUUAUUAAAAACAAAAAGAAACAGAAAUAUGUCUCUUGAAUACUGAAUACAAACGUACCUAUAUAGUUAUAUCUAAAUUCCAUAGCUAAAAAUAUAUAAAAAUGUACCAAGGUAAUCAGGUAUCGUAUACGUACAUCAUAAGUAAAUAGAGUUUUAUUUAUUUAUUUAUUUAUUAUUUUUCUUUGAUUUACCGACUUCAAAAUCGUAACCACAUUUUUCAGCAAGCUCCGAAAAUCAGCUCUAAAUUUUUCAAACAAUACCGGAUCAAAUUUUUUCAGGGAAUAGAAAUAAUCCGGAGGGAGGAAGAUGAGUAAAAAAAAAAAAACAAUUCAAAAAGGAUCAUACAAAAAUUAACAGCCUUUGAAAAAAGUAUUCAAUAUUCUCGAUAUCGGAGUCGUCUCCGAAUUUGUAGUUUAGUAAAAUAUCGAACGAUCGAUGUUUAGGGUCGAUGUUUUAUAAGCUUUUGUACUUUUGUAAAUAUUUAUUAUAAUAUAUAAUUAUGUAUAUCAU